AUGGCCGAAAGCAGCAGGAUUUUUAAACGAAGGCUGAGUCAACUUCUUCCGAUGGACAGUUCAUCUCCUCAUCUUCCUCAGCAAAAAUAUCAGUUCGUAUGGCAUCCUAAGCAAGAUCGCCUACUCCCUGCUUUCGAUUUUCCCUGCUUUCCUUCGAUUUCGUCUAUAUUUGUCCUUUUGGUGCCCUUGUUUCGUCUUCGGUGUUGUAUUUUGCCUUAUUAUUCAUGUAACUAG